UUGCUGCGCUCCGGGCCUGGGGACGGGACGGGGGUGCAGCUCCUGCGUCUCUGGUGCUAUUUGGAUCUGGUUUCCUUUGGAUACAGCUGUAUUUGCUUGGUCCCUGAGCAGCACAGACUAUUACCUACCCUGCGUGUCACUGCCCGGGCUGGGAGGCUGAGAGAGCUUUGCCUCCUGCAGGAGGUGUUGGAGCCAUGCAGGCGCGCUACUCUGUGUCCAGCCCCAACUCCCUGGGUGUAGUGCCUUAUCUAGGGGGAGAGCAGAGCUACUACAGGGCGGCAGCAGCUGCAGCAGCUGCAGGAGGGGGAUACACUGGCAUGCCUGCCCCUAUGAGCAUGUACUCCCAUCCGGCACACGAGCAGUACCAGGCUGGCAUGGCCAGGGCGUAUGGGCCUUACACACCCCAGCCUCAGCCUAAGGACAUGGUCAAGCCACCUUACAGCUACAUCGCCUUGAUCACUAUGGCCAUCCAGAAUGCUCCUGACAAGAAGAUCACCCUCAAUGGCAUCUACCAGUUCAUCAUGGAGAGGUUCCCUUUCUACAGAGACAACAAGCAAGGUUGGCAGAACAGCAUCAGGCAUAACCUGUCGCUCAAUGAGUGUUUUGUCAAAGUGCCCAGGGACGACAAGAAGCCAGGCAAGGGGAGUUACUGGACUCUGGACCCGGACUCCUACAACAUGUUUGAGAAUGGCAGCUUCCUAAGGAGAAGGAGGAGGUUCAAGAAGAAAGAUGUAACCAAAGAUGGAACCAAGGAGGAAAAGGAUAGGUUGAUAAAGGACCACCAUUCUACCCAGCCAACAUCUGCAUCUCAACAGCGCCAGCAGCAGAGCCAGGGGGAGCAGGACACCAACACACAACCGGUGAGAAUCCAAGAUAUUAAGACAGAGAAUGGUACCACAACCCCUCCCCAGGCCAUGUCCCCUUCUAUUAAUGCUGUACCCAAAAUAGAGAGCCCAGACAGCAGCAGCAGCAUGUCUAGCGGUAGCCCCCACAGCCUCCCUUCUAGUAGAUCCAUGAACUUGGACACUGCAGACUCCCAUCACCAACACCAGCAGCACCAUAGUCAGGGCUUCAGCGUGGACAACAUUAUGACCUCACUUAGGGGCUCUCCACAGGGCUCAGGCGAAUUAGCCACUAGCUUGAUUGCCUCGUCUAGGACGGGGAUAGCCCCAUCCUUAUCCCUAAGCUACUCUCCAGGCCAAGGCUCCAUCUACAGCUCGCCCUGCAGCCAGAAUACCAGCGGCACUGGUGGCACAGGGACCUACCAUUGUAACAUGCAGGCCAUGAGCUUGUAUUCAGGGGACAGAUCCGGUCACUUGACCCCGGCCACCACCCCAGCAGCCACCACAGUUGAAGAAACCUUGCCAGAUUACUCUAUCACCACCACUACCACUUCAGCUCUGAGUCAUGGUAGCCUGAGCUCUGGCCAGGAUCACCCACACCAAGCCCGCUUGCCCUCAUGGUACCUGAACCAAGCCGGAGAUUUGGGCCAUUUGGCAGGGGCCACCUACCCAGGACAGCAACAGAACUUUCACUCUGUGCGAGAGAUGUUCGAGUCCCAAAGAAUUGGCUUGAACAACUCCCCAGUCAAUGGUAAUAGCAGCUGUCAAAUGUCUUUUCCCUCCAGCCAGUCUCUGUACCGAACCCCAGGGACAUUUGUAUAUGACUGCAGCAAGUUCUGACCAAAGAUCCACCAAAAAUAAAUAAUAAACAAAACAAAAAAUAACCUAGUUUUAUCUUUCCAAAAUAAAAGGAGACGUGAACGCUUGAAUCCAAAUCAAACAAACCAAAAACCAGUCCCCUUAUUAGUUUGUACAGACUGGAACUUUUGUAGUGUUACCAUAACACGUAAGUCCAUUCUGCUUUUAAACAGAAGUAUCUUUCUAUUGUGUAAGGAGAUAUUUUCACAUAUGGUUAAGAGCUUAUAUAUAACAAGCUUUUUAUGAACUUGUUUUCAGAUGUAAAUUGCAAUAUAGUAAUUUAUUUUUAAAACGUGUUUUUGGAAACUAUGGACCAAAUCCCGAGAUAGUAUUUUUCGUUCUGACUUUGAGGUGAAUGCUAAAAAAUUAUACGAUUUUCAUUCUAAAAAGGGAAUUGUAUCUAAAAUAUUUUAUGUUUGUGUUUUAUUCUGUUGAAAAUAUUUUGAAGUUAUAAUAUUCUUUGUUUCUUAAUAAAUUGCCAUUCUUUUGAAUGAUAA